GGAAAAGCCAAAGUUCUCUUCUUGACAUCAGUAAAAGAGAAGCUUCUCUGUAAAUGUCCUCUGACAUGGAAGGGAUAACAGGAAGUAUUCUCCUGCUGUGCCUUAUUGGCUUAACUAAUGCAAAUACCAGUCCUACAAUCCACGUUUUAGUUUACAAUGUGUGUGAAGACACCCCAAUAGGUGCCGAUGCGUUUACUAUAGUUGCGUCAGACGCAGAAAAUGACCCACUGACUUUUUCACUCACUGGGCCAAAUGCCUUGUACUUUACUGUUGACAACACUGGGACUGUAAAAGUCAGGAGGCAUCUAGAUAGAGAGAGUAGUGACUUAAUGCAGCUCGGAGUUUCUGUCUCUGAUGGUUUCAAUACUAGAAACAGAGAAUUAAAUAUAAUAUUAUUAGAGACCAACGACAACAAACCCAUAUUUCAGGAGUCUUCAUAUGAUGUUGAGAUCCCUGAAAAUACCCUUGUAGGUACAUCUCUGUUUAAGGUGCAUGCCAUUGAUGCAGACACUUCAAUUGCCGGUGUUGUUCAGUACAGCAUUGACGAAGUUACUCCGAAUGAUGGAUUCAGUCUGUUCAGCAUUGUAAGCACAACUGGUGAAGUCAAAUUAAACGGACAUCUGAAUUAUACUUCACUGAGCACUUUCUAUCGGCUUAAGAUUAACGCAACUGAUGGUGGAGGCCAUUGCUAUUUUAAGGAAACUGUGUACUUCUCAAGCAUUGCUUUUUCCUUCAUUACGGUUGUGGAUGUCCCAGACCUCAACCCACGGUUCAUCAAUCUUCCCUACAUAGGGAAAGUUGAGGAGAAUUCUCCUAAGGGCAUGUCUGUGUUUAAAGUGACCGCCAUAGACCAAGACACAGGAGUCAACGAUUAUAUCCUCUAUAGCAUUGAAGAUUCGACACCACAUGGCAUGUUUACAAUCUCAAGAGAUGAUGGUGUCAUAUCCGUGUUGACAGAUAUUGACAGAGAAAUUAUUGGUGAUACCGUUACCCUGACUAUAAAGGCCAUAGAGUCUAAACCAAACAUCCAAGGGUUGCAAGCCAGCACCAUGGCAAAGGUACAGAUCAACAUCGUCGACAUCAAUGACAACAAGCCAGAGUUUUACAAGUGUGCAGGCUCAGGAGAAGAGCUUCUCUGUGUGAAGGCGAGUAACUUCACAGGAGAGGUCUUUGAGCACUCGCUGGGGUCUAUUCCCAUCGACAUGACAGUCAAAGAUCUUGAUAAGUUUUCCAACACUGAACUAAUCCUAGAAGGAGCUGACAGUGACGUGUUUUCCGUGGUACCUCGAUUUACUUCAUCAGAUAGCAUCGUUCAGCUUCUGGUCAAGCAGCCCGAAAAACUGAAUUUUGAAAAAAUACAGCAAAUAGUUGUACAGGUGGUUGCCAUAGAUCAAGAGAAAACCAGCUUCCGCUCCACUGCUACGGUUACCAUUAACAUCAAGGACACCAAUGACAACAGCCCCAAGUUCCCACAGGACACAUAUAAGCUGCAGGUGGCUGAGCACUCUCCUGUUGGGACGGUACUGGCCAAAAUUGCUGCAGAGGAUCCUGACACGAUGGAUCAGGGCAAAAUCACCUACAGACUUCUUCCAGACAGCAUACUACAGUAUUUUGACGUGGAGCCGCACACGGGCACAGUUUUCGUGAAAAACGAAAGUCUGUUGGAUCGAGAGGUCAGGUCCCUGUAUUCGGCGACUCUGCAGGCCAAAGACACAGACGGCAAGCCCGGCACCACAGUGCUAGAGAUCACUGUGACUGACAUCAAUGACCAGCAUCCGGUCAUCAACAGAGACUCUUACCUGGUGUUUGUGGAAGAGGGUGGACAGCUUUAUGUUAAGAUAGAGGCUACUGAUGCAGAUGACCCCAAUACAGUAAACAGCCAAAUCGUCUAUGGAAUCAUGCCGAGCAGGUACAGUAAUAACUUCACCAUCGACCCAAACACCGGUGUGUUGAGAAACCGUGGUGAGCUGGAUCGUGAGGCCCUGGACCCGAAGCUGGGAGGGAGGAUCCAACUCAAUGUAACUGCUACUGACAAGGGAACUCCCCCACUGGACACUGUGGUCACAGUUACUAUCAAUGUAGAGGAUGUCAAUGACAACUCACCAAAAUUUGAACCCUCCUCUUACAAUUUCUAUGUUAAAGAAGGAGAAAAGGGUGCAUUUGUGGGUUCUGUUUACGCUGAGGAUUUGGAUCAAACGACAGACUUUAACCGCAUUUCAUUCAGCAUCAUCGAUGGAAGCUUUGGCAGCUUCAUCAUUCGCACCUUUGCAGAGGAGUGGGGUUACAGAGGAAAUAUAGCCAUUGACCCAGACAUUGAGUUGGACUAUGAGAGCACGCGCAAACAAUACAUACUGAAGGUAGAGGCAACAGAUCUGGAGCAGAAGAAAGCUGUAGUGAUGGUGCCGGUUGACGUGUUGGACGUGAACGACGAGAGGCCCGAGUUCAACCUGACAGAGACCGUGACAGUGAAGGAGAACACCGCCAGCAGUGAGGCCGUUGGGAGUUUCACAGCUCAGGAUAAAGAUGGUAACCACUCAUUGGUGUACCAGCUGGAAUCCAUGAAAUGCAGAUGCAACAGCUCUCUGACACCCUGCAGCUGGUUUAUCCUCGAUCCAACGGGGGAAGUCAGACCCAACCCGGAGUACAAGGUGGACUAUGAACAAUGUGACCAGGUGGUGAUAGAGGCUCAGGUGGUGGACGAAAACACAGAGAAGGGACAUAACAACAGUGCUAAAACAGGAAAAAUGGUGAUCUACAUUGAGGACAUCAAUGACAACGCUCCAGAAUUCCUUCCCUCACAUUCUGUAUUUGUUGUGGUGUCAGAAAGUGCAAGUAAAGGGACAUCAGUUGCGGGAGUCACUGCUAUAGAUCGUGACUCUGACAUAAACAGGGAGAUUGACUUUAAAGUAACAGCAGUCCAAUUUGAAGACACCAACAAUCACACAACUAACAUGAGGAUGCUGUUUGAGGCCGUCACCACACAGCAAAAGGAUAUUUUUGUUGGGAUUAUUCAAACGACCGAAGGGCUUGAAUUGUCACUGAAAGGGAAGUAUUUGGUAACAGUGACUGCAACUGACACUGGCGGCCUCUCCAGCAGCACCGUACUGGAGAUUUUCACAGUUGACGAAUCGUAUAAAGUUGAACUUCAGUUUACAAGAACCGUAGAUGAUGUUGAACAAAAUCGCAAUAAAAUCCUCAGGUCGCUUAUGGCUGCCACCAAGGCAGCUGUUGAAGUUGUUGCAAUCAGGCCUGACUCUGCUGAAAAAUCCAGGGCUUUGGAUAUCACUGUCAUGGUGGCAUAUUUUGUCUACUCCAACGGGACAGCUCUUACCUCCAAUGAAGUGGAAAUUAUGCUCUCCGAUCCUGAGCAUUAUUCUGUACUGACAGACCUGGGCCUAAGGAACAUUGGGAUGGUUCCUGUGUUCGAAGCAGAUGUAGAUCCUGUAAAGUACAUCCUGCUGGGGAUGGUGGGAGGCCUCAUCAUUGUAUUGGCCGUCCUCACCACUUCUCUUUUGUGCACUCGCAGAAAAUACAGGAGGAAGCUGAAGGCAGCGAAAGCCAUGAACUCUGCAUCUAUGGUGAUCUCUGACAACCAGAAAAGUGGUCCUGUGGUUCCUGGUACCAACAAGUACACCAUGGAGGGGGCUAAUCCUGUUCUCAACCUCAACUUUAACACAACCAUGGACCUGGACUUGGACGAGGAGAGCUCAGAUGUGGACAAAGUCAGCCUCAACUCCUUGGACUACGGUGAUGAAAUGACCAUUCCUGAAAACGACACAAAACCAAGCAUGCAGAUGAUCAAGGAGGAGGAGGAGGAGGAGGACAGCAGGCCACCAGAGUACAUUGAGCCUCUGGGUGCAGCGCUGGCCCAGCGGGGACAGAAAAAAGACAAACCUCGCGUGGGUUUUAAUAACCCUGCAUUCAGCACUACAGACCUGUGAUGGAGGUAAUGAAGAGACAGGCACCGAGCUCAGGUCUCAGAUGGACAUGUGUUGCUUCUCUGUAAUCAGGCUGACCAAAUCACAAAUCCAACAUAUUUAUAGUGUUGCAUGAAGACCUCAUCAAGUAGCCUUCUGUUCUGACCAAUAGUAAUACAUAACUGUAUAAGUUUAAUGGCAUCUAAAGGCAUGAGUGUGCCUAGUCUAAAAAUUUAAUUCAUGGAAAAACAAAAAGUAAAAACCAAAAUUGAAGAUGUUUCUCUGUGAAAAUGAUAUAAUGAUACCAUUAUACUCUUACUGUGGUUGCUGAAUUUAGAACUUUUUUAAUUUAUUUACUUAUGAACUGAACACGAUUAGCUUAGCUUAGCAUAAAAACUGCCUACCAGCACCUCGAAAACUAAAAAACACAUAAAAAUAAAAACAAAUUAUAUCUUGGAUGUUUAAUCCACAAAAGAACUGAUUUCUUAAACUUUGGACAGAGUCCAAUUGGCUGUUUCUUCCAAUUUCCAGUCUUUUAUGCUAAGCUAAGUGCUAAACUAAGCUCAGCUAAUGGUAGCUUCAUAUUUACUGUACAGAGACAAGAGUGGUAUUAACCUUCUCAUCUAUCUCUCAGCAGGGAAGCAAAGAGCAUACUUCCCAAAAUGUCAGAUUCUUCCUUUAAAACCGACUUUACAUAAACAACAUCUGGACAAAGAAAAACUGGACAAAAAUCUAUGGAAAAGCCAACAAAACAAUUUUUUCUUGCACAGGUGAAUCACUUUAUUUUGAUCAUAUAUUAAACAAGGGUUUAAAAGUGUAAACUGAAAUAAACUGUAAUAUAAGUUAUGCCAACACACAAUGCUAUUUUUUUUGUUGCAGCAGAUGCUACUAGAAAGAAAAUCAAAGAAAAUAAUAUUGAAAAUGUCAAUGUAUGAAUGAAAUCCUUAAUUAUGACUGCAUGUCAGCCUAAAGGUUUAACUUUGUGUGUUUAAUUUGUCAUUGUCAAGUUAAUAAAACCUCAUGCAGUGUGACUUUGUGACAUCCUACAAGCAGCAGACUGAAAAGAUUAUUUCACUGUUUACUGACAUCUAGAUG